UGAAUUUGAUUCCAAUCACUGUUGUUAUAUGGGAAACACUUGUUGAGUGAUUAGAAGGGUUUAAGUGUCUCCUUUUCCUUUCUUUCUGAAUCCCAUUCACAUAUUUAAUUCCAUUUUGCAAGUUCAUAAUAAGAAGAAAAAGCAACAGCUACAAAAGCUGAUAUGUGCUAGUACAAGUUAAGCCCCUUCACUGAUUAAUCUUGGAUUUUGUGCUGUUGCAUGUUGAGAAAAACUGAAAAGAUUCAAUUUUUAUCCAGUUGGCAGAUCAUUUGAUGGAUAAGUUUUUUUGCUUCAAUGCUGGUUGUGGUCAGUGUGUCAGGGGUGAGUCUUCUGGUAGUUCUGGCAAAGGAAAAAGUCGCGAGAAUAAAAUCAAAUAUGGUUUCAGCCUAGUGAAAGGCAAGGCCAGUCAUCCAAUGGAAGACUACCAUGUUGCUAAGUUUGUGCGGAUUGAUGGACAUGAGCUCGGGCUUUUUGCCAUAUUUGAUGGCCAUCUUGGGGAUGCAGUUCCUGCAUACCUGCAAAAACAUUUGUUUGACAAUAUCUUAAAGGAAGGCUCAUUCUGGACAGAUCCUGGCGGAUCAAUCUCAAAAGCCUAUGAGAAAACUGACCAGGAAAUUCUGUCUAACAGUUCGAACUUAGGGCGAGGUGGGUCCACUGCUGUGACUGCAAUUCUCAUAAAUGGUCAAAGAUUAUGGGUGGCGAAUGUUGGGGAUUCACGAGCUAUUCUGUCUCGUGGAGGCCAGGCUAUUCAGGUGACAAUAGACCAUGAGCCUAGUACUGAACGAGGCAGCAUUGAGAACAAAGGAGGCUUCGUCUCAAACAUGCCAGGAGACGUGCCUAGGGUGAAUGGACAGCUGGCCGUUUCUCGUGCUUUUGGAGAUAAAAGUCUCAAGUCACAUUUGCGUUCAGAUCCAGACAUUCUCGAUAUGAAUGUCGAUGUCAACUGCGACAUUCUUAUCCUUGGAAGUGAUGGUAUCUGGAAGGUAAUGACCAAUCAAGAAGCAGUCGACAUUGCUAGAAGACCAAAAGACCCUCAGAAAGCUGCGGAACAGUUAACUGCUGAAGCCUUGAACAGAGACAGUAAAGAUGAUAUUUCUUGUGUUGUUGUUAGAUUUAGGAAAUAAGCGUUCUUGUGAUGUGUUGCUUGUCCACUGCAGAAUUUAGGGGAAAGAAAGCAAUUGUCUUUUACAUGCAAAGCCAAUUUAUGCACAUAAACUAGAUUUAGGAUCUAUUACUCCAGAGUGACUGAAAGCUCUGGCAGUCAUAGACAGGAAAAUUACCCAAAAAGAUUAUAGGAAAAGAAGGUACAGUUAU